AUGUCUCAAACUUCUUGUUAACAUCAUCGGAAGGCAUAAGUUGGUAUCAUCAAACUAAAAGGCUUCUCUGAUAUUGCUGGAAUAUUUGUCUUUUGAGCUGGAAAAUUGAUAAUGGCGGUAAAUAUAGUCGUUUCUAUAUUUGGGCAGUGUACGGGGUUCAUUUUAAAUCCAAUUCGGUGCCAAUUCGAGUAUAUAUUCUGCUACGACAGUAAAAUUGAAACUUUGAGGGAUAAGGUGAAAGAUCUUGAAAAUAAGGAAACCGACGUGCGACAAUUGGUUGUUGAAGCAGAAAGAAAUGCAGAAGCUAUUAAACCUAGUGUUAAAGAUUGGCUGCAAAAGGUUGAUGACUUAAAGAAACAGGCCUAUGAAAUUUUGAAAAGUGCAACAAAUUCUGAAAUGCAGUGUCUAUUCCUCACAUGUCCAAAUUUGAAAACCCGUUACUCACUUGGCGGGAAAGCCACGGAGAAGACUGCUGAGAUUGCUAAGCUCCAGGUGGAAGGUACAUUUCAAAAGGUGGGCGAACCUAAACCACUAGUGCAGACACCUUAUCAAAAUCUCGGUGACUUUGUGAUUUUUGGAACAAGGAUAUCUACCAAAAAGAAAAUUAUGGAAGCUCUAAAAGACAAAGAUGUCAGCAUAAUUGGUAUAUGCGGGAUGGCUGGAGUAGGUAAGACAACAAUGGCAAAUGAAAUAGCCAACGAAAUCAAAGUGGACAAAUUAUUUGAUGAGGUUGCAAUCUCGGUUGUAUCUCAUGAUCCAGAUGUAACCAAAAUUCAGGAUCAACUUGCUGAUAUGCUUGGUUUGAAAAUUGAAGAGAAGAGUAAUAAAAUUGUGAGAGCUGGGCGACUUCGUGAAAGACUUGGAGGUGACAGAAGUAAGAGCAUCCUUGUUAUUUUGGAUGAUGUUUGGGAAUAUAUUGAGUUGGAAACUAUAGGAAUUCCUUCAUCAGGUGAUGAUAAAAGGUUGAAAAUUCUAUUAACAUCACGCUUUGAAGAUGUGUGUAGUAACAUGGGAGCUCAAAGGAAAUUUGACGUCGAUGUUUUAUCUCAAGAAGAAUCCUGGGAACUUUUCAAGGACAAGGCAGAGAUUUCUGAUGAUGCAAUACAUAUUAUAAAGAGCACAGCACAAAAAGUUGCAAGGGAAUGUGGAGGCCUACCUCUCGCACUUGUCACAGUCGGAAAAGCCCUCAAAAAAAGAGGAGAACAUGCAUGGAAGAAUGCACUUGAAGAACUACGGCAUUCUAGAGUGACCAAUAUCAAAGGAGUGCACAAGUUGGUGUAUUCGAGGAUAGAGUUUAGCUACAACUAUCUAGAGAGUGACGAAGCCAAGUCCUUGCUUCUGCAAUGCUCUUUGUUUCCAGAAGAUCAUGCUAUUAAUACUGAGGAUUUGGUUAGAUAUGCAUACGGGCUAGAGUUGUUUAGAGAUACAAUGUCGUUGACAACAACCAGAGAUAGGGUAAACUCGAUUGUCGACAAUUUGAAAAGCUGUUAUUUACUACUCUCAACUUGGAGAGAGGAGCAUGUAAGAUUGCAUGAUGUUGUAAGAGAUGUUUGCUUGCAAAUCGCAUCUAAAGACAGGCAUGCAUAUAUGUCAAAACACAUUGGUUUGAAGGAGUGGCCAAAACAUGAUAACUGUGAAUUGUAUAAUGCAAUUGGUCUGACAUUGGAUGAGCUGAAUCGACUUCCCAGUGGGUUAGAAUAUCCAAACCUGAGGUUUCUCGCAGUGAAUCGCAAAAGCAAAUCACUGGACAUACCCAAAGAUUUUUUUGCAGGUAUGAAGGAACUCAGAGUCCUUGAUUUCACUUCCAUCCGAAUUCAAAUUCCAUCAUCAAUCCAAUUGUUGACUAAUCUUCGAAAUUUGUGCUUGGACAAUUGUAAAUUAAACAUUGAAAAUUCAUCUAUUGGGAAUCUUAAAAAGUUAGAAGUUCUUAGUUUUUAUGGCUCUGGUCUCGAUCAUUUCCCCAAUGAUAUAGCAGAACUUAGCAACCUAAGGUUAUUGGAUUUGAGGUUGAGGUACAGCUCUAUCUAUCGUCCACUUCCACUUCCACCUGGUACCUUAUUGCAAUUGAAGAAACUGGAAGAACUGUACAUGGGCUUUGUUGAAAUAAGAGAUGAUGAACUGGAACAACGAGGGUACAUUAUUAAGGAGAUAAGUUCACUGACUGGUCUUAAUACUUUCCAAAUUUCAACAAAUGACCCUCAGUUUUUGCUGCAAAUAUUACAUGUUUUGUGCAUUGAGGAGCUGGAAAGAUUUAAUAUCGUAUUAACUGACUUGGAGCAUGCUCAUAUAAAUGACACUAGCUAUUCUUUCCAACGGAGAUUGCAGAUAGAAGGCAUUGCUGACUCGAGUAUGCUUUCACAACCUGCAAUGAACUCGUUAAUGAGGAGAGCUGACCAUCUUUCUAUAGUAAUGGGCAUGAACGAUCUAGAUGAUCUUUCUCUACAAGUGAUGGAGAGGAAGAAUAUGUUAGAUGAAGAUGGCUUCGAGUAUCUGAAUCGAAAUCAUCAAAUAGGUGCCUUCGAUCGAUUACAAGAGAUAAAUCUAUGUGGCAUCCCAAGUAUGAAAUAUUUGUGGAAGGGUGUCAUCAAACCUCCAUCACUUCACAAUCUUGUGACUCUUAAUAUUAGAAAUUGCCCGUUAGUUACAAGCCUGUUUUCGGUGUCAGUUGCAUUAUGCAUGGUGAAUCUCCGAAGGAUAAGUAUCGCUGACUGUGAGAUGUUAGAGGAAAUUGUUUUAAUGGGCAUUGAACAAAAUGAAGUUACCCAAAUGCUUGAGUUCCCAAAACUAAGGAAAGUUGACCUCGGGAAUUUAAGAAAUUUCAAGGGCUUUAUAUCCGGAUCAAACAAGAGCGUUGGUGUGGUCUACCCAAUAUUCGAUCAGGUUACAUUGCCUAACUUGGAGUUGUUAUACCUUCAUGAAUUGGAUUGUACCGUAAAAUUAUUGGAUGAACUGAGGGAAAUCAGAUCUGAUAACCUAAGAGAAUUGAAGGUGGAACGUUUAGAUGUUGCGUCCAUUCUAUUUGACUUUGAGUAUGUAAAAGAUGAUGCAGAAAUUAGUAUACUCAGUCAGCUAACAUCAAUGUUUGUGAGAUUUCUACCCAAAUUAGUUCAAUUCACAAGGAUGUUUCCUAAAGGAGUUUGUAUCUUUGAGAAUUUGACACUUCUUGAAGUUUCAAAAUGUGACAGCUUAAGUUACUUAUUCUCACCUUCAAUGGCCAAUUCACUUGUGGCUCUAAAAGAAAUGUGGGUUGCGGAAUGUAAUGCAAUUGAAGAGAUUAUUGGAAGACAAGAAGAAGAAGAUACUUCGAAUAUAGAAAUUGUGGAAGAAGGAAUCACAAGCAAAAUUGUGUUUCCUAAAUUGAACAAUCUAACACUUCUUUGUCUUGAUAGAUUCAGAUUGCUUUCCUCUCACAAUUAUGAACUUAUGUUCCCUUCACUAGAGUAUUUGCACAUUGAAGAAUGUCCCGUGAUGAUAAAAUUGUGUUCAAGACAACUAAGUGCACCAAAGCUUGAUAGAGUAUGGAUAAGCAAAGAAAUAUCCGUUGAUAUUUCAAAUUUUUUGGAUUUUGAAGGCUCAAUGCAGAUAUGAGAGGAAAACAAAUUUGUGGAUACCUCAAAUAUUGUUGAGGAUGCAGGCUUUCAUCCAUGAACAAUGAAGACAUAGCAUACAAAUUCAGGUGGUGUUGCUUUCUUUGUUGCAUUUCUCAUGAGAGAAGAUUUCCACAGAAUCAGUUGGAGGAAGCUUGGGCCCUAUCAAAGAUAUCUUUUGGGACAUCUCAGCACACAGGUGGUAAUUGAUCAUGGAGCUGUCACUUGAAUCUUGAGCUCCUUUGCUAGCUCAGGGUGCCCGUAUUUGAAUGAUGGUUCUAAGGCUGUCAAACUCUAAGGGAUGGUUGUUAACAAAUAAAGCUAAACGUUUUAAGUCAACAAUGUACUAAGCCUCUAUGCGAUCUGCUCAAGUGCCUUGAUCCAACAAUUGUCAGUGAGUUUGAAUGGACUUAAGAAUAUUUUUGAAGGUGAAGCGAUUCGGUGACUUUGUAAUCGUUUGAUGGGAAUUUUGUACCAAGAUGUAUGUUAUUUCAAUUGUUAGAAGUAAUUUGUAUUUUAAAAAAUAUAUAUUUAUCCAA